AUGAAGAGAACUUUUGAAGAAAGAGAAAAUUUUGAGUGCUACGGAAAUUCCAGUGAACAAGUGAUAUCCUAUGAAGAUUUAGUGCCAGCUCCAAACGUGAUAGGCGUGAUGCGAAGGAUCAUCCCAAUUCAGGCUGAGAUAUCAGCUGAUGCUGUGAAAUCAGUUCAACAGUGUGUGAUCAAGUUUAUCCACUAUGUGACAGCCGAAACCAAGACUAGGUGUGGAGAGGAGUUUCAAGCUAAGCAGGGUCCGUCAGGUGAGCCCCUGGUAAUCAGGAGGACACUCCAGCCCGGAGGUAUGGGGAUUGCUGCUUCAGUUGCCCUGGGUUUUGAGGUUGAAGGGCCGAUGACAAUGGGAGGUUUCAUGGGAGAUGGUCAGAAUGAUGCACCUUCUGGCAGUGCUGCAAAUUCAACUGGUGAUACUUAG